GCUGGGCGUUGUGAGGUGACGGCGAGCGGCGGCGGUGAGCUGCCCCUCUCAGGAGCGUGCGGACUGCAAACAAGUUUGAGCAGAAUUAGUCAAGCAGGCGGGCCGCGGGCAAAUACUCACUGAGUGGAAUUUCAAACAUAAUCAGCUACACUAUUUAAAGUGUUAUUUGUAAGUCUUAAGUUUUUUUGAAAAAAAUUUUCUCCAGAAAUGGAUGGGGUGCCUUCUGAGACUAAUGAAGAAAAUGACAAUAUAGAGAGACCUAUUAGAAGACGACGUUCUUCAAUUUUGAAACCUCCAAGGAGUCCUCUCCAGGACCUCAGAGGUGGGAAUGAAAUAGUUCAGGAAUCCAAUGCUUUGAGGAGUAAGAAAAACUCUCGUCGAGUCAGCUUUGCAGAUACUAUAAAGGUAUUCCAGACAGAGCCUCAUAUGAAAAUAGUGAGAAAGUCAGAAAUGGCAGAAACAGAAGCAGGAGAAAAUGUCCUAUUUAUACAGAAUAAGAAUUUAGAAGAUAAUUACUGUGAGAUUACUGGGAUGAACACAUUGCUUUGUGCUCCCAUUCAGACUCAGAUGCCACAGAAAGAGUUUUCAAUUAUAGAACAUAACCAUGAAAGGAUACACAGAAAUGACCAGACAGUCAUCUUUUCUGAUGAAAACCAGAUGGACCUGACAGCAUGUCAUACUGUGAUGAUUACCAAAGGCCUUUUAGACAGUACCAAAAGUGAAAAGUCCACCAAAAUAGAUACUACAUCAUUUCUAGCUAAUUUAAAGCUCCAUACUGAGGAUUCAAGAAUGAAAACAGAAUUAAAUUUUCCUACAACUCAAAACACUUCAGAGAAGAAAAUAAAUUUCAAUGACUUCAUAAAAAGAUUGAAAGCAAGAAAAUAUAAUGCUUCUCCUUCUACAGGGCCUGAUAAAGAAAAUUUUGAGGUAUCUAUUUAUUCCAAAGAAUCAAAUAGUGCCUCUUCAACACAUCAAGUGCAUGCACCUCUUAAUGUAGAUGAGAACAGUAGUAAUAUAACUAGAAUCUUUAGAGAACAAGAUGAUGGGAUGAAUUUCACCCAAUGUCAUACAGCCAAUAUUCAGACUUUGAUUCCCACAUCCAGUGAGGCCAACUUACAGGAAUUUAAAGGCAAUGAUAUUACAAUUUAUGGUAAUGACUUUAUGGACUUGACAGUUAACCACACUAUACAGAUUUUACCCUCAGCAGGUAAUUUAUCUGAAAUAGAAAGUCAAACUCAGAAUGUCACAAUGGAUGUCACAACAGGUUACAGAACUAAAGCUCUAGGAAAGAAAACUGUUUUUAAAAAUAAACCAAAUACUGCUUUUCAAGACCCUUCCUUAAACCCUGAAGACAAAAUACAUAGUACCAGAAGUCAUGUUAUGGAGGCAGAAACUUACAUGGUCACACAGACUUCUAAUCAAGAUGCCAGAAUAUUAGCCAUGACCCCAGAAUCCAUAUGUUCUAGUCCAGCUACUCAAGGUUAUAAGACAGUUUUCUAUUCUAGUUGUAAUGAUGCCAUGGAACUGACCAAGUGUCUCUCAAGUAUGAGAGAGGAGAAGAAUUUACUAAAGCAUGACAAUAAUUCUAAAAUGUAUCCCAAUCCUGAUGCCACCUCUCUUCUCACAGAGAAAACUAUUUAUUCAGGAGAGGAUAACAUGGAUAUUACCAAGAGUCACACAAUUGCAAUAGAUAAUCAUAUUUUUAAACAAGAUCAGACAAAUGUACAGAUGUCAGCUGCACCAAUAUCUGAAAAAGAAAUGAUACUCCAAAAUCACAUAACCAUGUCAGAAGAUGGGCAAAUGAAUGUAAAUUGUCACAUAUCUAAGGAAAGAUUUCAGCAGAGCCUGGAAAAUCCUUUAUCUAUUUCAUUGACUGACAAAAAGACUCAACUCUUAGCAGGUGAAGAUAUGGAUUUGACUGAAGGUCAUACAAGUAACUUAGGAAAUCAGGUUGCUUUUGCAUCUUAUAAUUUAGCAACCAAGAAUACCAGUCAAUCUCAUUCUCAUAAAAAAAGCCCUUCAGAUGAAGGGGAAAAAAUGACCAAAGUUCAUAUUGAACCAUCCCAACAACCAAAUAUAAUAUCUAAAAACAUCCUAACUGACACUUGGAACAAAGAAAAAGAUCAGGUUUUGAAGAUUUCACCCUGUCUUGAUAAAGAUUCUCCUCAGUCAGCUGAUUGUAAUCAGGACAUAGCAACAAGCCAUAAUAUAGUCUACUGUGGUGGACUUCUUGAUAAACAAGUAGCACUGGGAAAUAACAGAAAUACAACUUCAUGUGAGCAAUCUUUGUUUUCUACCACAAAACUAUUAUUUUCAUCAGAAGAACAAUCUGCCAUGAAUAAUCAUAAUACUGCUGUUAACAGUCAUACAGUGAAAUCUGUACUAGGCCAGUGUUCUAAACUGCCUGAGCCACUGGGGAAAAAUUUACUUGAUCCCACUCCUGACUGUUUUCAUGACCAGAUUAUUUGUUCAGAGGAGGAACACAAUAUGGAUUUAACCAAGAGCCACACAGUUGUCAUUGGAUUUAGUUCUUCUGAAGAACAAGAACUUGGUAAAACUGGUUUAGAACACACUACCAGUCAGCUAACAACAGUCAACAGACAGAUAGCUGUAAAUGUUGAAAAAUGUGAUAAAGGUCCUAUAGAAAAAACUGGAGUAUUUACAUCUCAUACUCCUAUAGAUGUGUCAGAGGAUGAAAGUGUACAGAAACCUGGUUUUCUGAAGAAAAGGCAAAAUGUCAAAAUUUGUGGAAGGAAAAGUGUUGGUAGACUAAAAAUUGAUGAGACUAUUGUAUUUUCAGAAGGUGAUAAGAAUGAUAUGGAUAUCACCAAGAGUUAUACAGUGGAAAUAAACCAUAGACCUUUAUUGGAUAAAUAUGAUGCCCAUUUGGUGCCUUUGGCAGGAACUUCUAAAACUGUUUUAUAUACAUGUGGGCAGGAUGACAUGGAGAUCACUACAAGUCACACAACUGCCUUAGAAUGUAAACCUAUCUCACCAGAUGAAAUAAUUACUAGGCCUAUGGACAAAACUGUAUUGUUUGUAGAUAAUCAUGAUGAACUAGAAAUGACAAAAUCCAACACUGUUUUUAUUGACUACCAAGCAAAAGAAAGAACUGUGCUUCUAGACAAAACUAAUUUUGAACUAUCCCAUAGGAAAAGCCUAGAAAAAACAAAAGUGAUACUUACUCCAACUGAGGAGAGUGUUUUCUUUCCAGAAAAUGAUGACAGUGACCAUCCAGCAUCAAAAGACAGACAGUUGACAUAUCUGGAUGAAUUCUCUAAUAUUGAUCCCAUAGAGAAAGCUGUAUCAUUUAUAGCUGAUGAUAACAUGGAAGUGCCUAAAUCAGCCACUUGGAAAAAUGUCAAAGAUGUACAAAAACCUGAAUGUCUGAAUGAACCUCUAUCAGGCAAAAGUCAGAGAAGAAAAAGCCUUAGGCUAAAAAAUGACAAGACCAUUGCAUUUUCAGGGAAUGACAAAAAUGAUAUAGAUAUUGCCCAGAGUUGUAUGGUGAAAAUAAAUAACAAAAGUGCCCUGGAAGAUAGAGAGGACUUAAAUUUGGUGCCUGUGGCAGGAACUUCUAAAACUAUUUUGUAUUCAAGUGGGCAGGAUGACAUGGAGAUCACUAGAAGUCACACAACUGCCUUAGAAUGUAAAACUGUCUCACCAGGUGAAAUUACCAGGCCUAUGGACAAAACUGUAAUGUUUGUAGAUAAUCACAAUGAGUUGGAAGUCACCAAGUCCCAUACUGUUUUCAUUGAUUGUCAAGCCACAGAAAAAAUAUUUCAAGAGUACCCUAAAUUUGGAACAGCAAAAGGAAAAAACUUAGGUGUUUCUUUUCCUAGGGAUGCUAACUGUGUUCAAGAAAUCACUAAAAAGCAAGCACUGGCUGUAGAAAACAAAAUUGUUCUUCACACAGACCAAAAGCAUCAUAUGAUGCCCUUUGUUCCUUCUAAUAAGUUGUGUGGGGAUCAAAGUGAAAUAGAAAUCAUCAAAUCCCAUAACACUGCUGUGGAUGAAGAGGUCAUAGGGAAAGUUGUAGACCAGGCCCAUAUAUUGGUAAAAGCCAAAAUUGAAAGCUGUCACUUGGAUACUACAGAUGGAAGGAAUGUGGAGUUUACAAGCAGUCAUGCAACUGCUCUUUGUGGAUCCUGUGAUAAUUGUUCUGGUUUACCAAAUGUUAUCGCCUGUACAGAUAAUUUAGAGAGUAGUAUCAUGUCCUUAUGUGAUAAAAAUAAGGAGAAAGCCAAGAAUUGCCCAGUACAAACUAAUCUUGCUUAUGCAAACAAUUUAGCCAGUGAAUAUUACUUGAAAUCUAAGGUACUGCCUGUCUCUGCUCCCUGUUCUUCAUUAGAGAAUGAAGAAGUUAUUCAGACCAAUACCAAAAGACAGUUAGAUGGUGUCAUAACACUACUCAAAGAUCAAGAUCUGAUUAAGGAGCCCCCAAAUCUAUUAGCUAAUAAAACUUUAAUAUAUAGUCAAGAUCUGGGGGAGAUGACUAAACUUAAUUCAAAGCGAGUAUCUUUUAAGCUUCCAAAAGAUCAAAUGGAAGCUUUUGUUGAUGAUGUUUGUGUUACUUCUCAGCCUCCUCCCCUAACCCAGCAACCUCCAUUGCCUCAAAAAGCACAGAGUAGUGUUAAUAAAGAUGAAGUAAUACUGUCUAAAGCUGGAAAUAAGAGUUUAAAUAUAGGAAAUUCCUCUCCACCCACACAAGAAAACAAGUCCAAAAUGCUCAAUAAUGAGAAGCAGUUUGCUAUUGCCUGCAAAAAGGAACUGAAGGAAAAUAUACAAAUAGCUAAAUGUAAUACAGUUACGGAUUUCCACAGUAACUCAGACUUGACUAAGCAAAUCAUUCAAACCCAUGCCAAUGCUAGAGAAGCAUCAGAUCCUGUGAUUGCAUCUAAUGUUCCAUGUUUUAGUAGUUUCAACCCAAAUCUGAACAAUUUCAAUGGAAAAACUGAAGAGUUUUUAGAUUUUCAAACUGAUCAUAUAGCACCUCCUCCAGAACAAUUACUUGAAUUAGGAAAUAAGGCACACAAUGAUAUGAGUAUAGUGCAAGCUACAGAAAUACAUAACGUUAACAUAGUCUCCAGCAAUGCUGAAGAUUAUAAUAGAGACGAAGAAAAUAAAAAGUCUCAUAAUGGAACUGAAACCACCUCUGUACCAUUAAAGACAGUUGUUAAAGAUAAAAUGAGGAGAUGUUCUUUGGGAAUCUUUUUGCCCAGAUUGCCAAAUAAGAGAAAUUGUAGUGUCACUGGUAUUGACGACCUGGAGCAGAUUUCAGCAGACACAACUGGCUUAAAUCAGUUAGAAACUCAGCCAGUCUCUAGCAAGGAUGCAGGCAUUGAAGAUGUUGCAGCUAAACUGAACUUAAGUCCAUCUCAAUAUAUAAAUGAGGAAAAUCUUCCUAUAUAUCCUGAUGAGAUUAAUUCCUCAGACUCAAUUAGCAUAGAAACUGAGGAAAAGGCUUUGAUUAAGACAUACCAAAAAGAGAUUUCACCAUCUGAAAAUAAAAUGGAAGAAACAUUUAAUAGCCAAAAAAGAACCUGGGUACAAGAAGAAGAUGAUGAUAUUCAGAAUGAGAAAAAAAUCAGAAAAAAUGAGAUUAAGCUUAGAGAUACUACACAAGAUCUAGAGAUUUUUGAUCACCAUACUGAAGGGGAUAUAGAUAAAAGUGCUAACAGCGUAUUGAUAAAAAGCCCAAGCAGGACCCCAUCUAGUUGCAGCAGCUCUCUGGAUUCAAUCAAGGCUGAUGGGACCUCUCUGGACUUCAGCACAUGCCGCAAUAGUCAAAUGGAAUCACAGUUUCUCACAGACACUACUUGUGAAGAGAGCUUGAGGGAGAAACUCAAAGAUGGGAGAAUAACAAUAAGGGAGUUCUUUAUACUUCUUCAAGUUCACAUCUUGAUACAGAAACCCCGACAGAGCAAUCUCCCAGCGAACUUUGCUAUCAACACACCACCUACUCCAGAAGACCUGAUGUUAAGUCAGUAUGUUUAUCGACCGAAGAUUCAGAUUUAUAAAGAAGAUUGUGAAACUCGUUGCCAAAAGAUUGAAGAAUUAAAGCUUUCUGCAUUGAACCAAGAUAAACUAUUGGCUGAUAUAAAUAGGAGCCUGUGGGAAAAAAUGAGACACUAUUCUGAUGAACAGCUGAAGGCCUUUGGAAUAUACCUUAACAAAAUAAAAUCACGUUUUACCAAGAUGACUAAAGUUUUCACUCACCAAGGAAAAGUGGCUCUAUAUGGCAAGCUGGCGCAAUCAGCUCAGAAUGAAAGGGAGAAACUUCAGAUAAGGAUAGAUGAGAUGGACAACAUACUUAAGAAGAUCAAUAACUGUCUCACUGAGGUGGAAAUAGAAACUAAGAAUUUGGAGAAUGAAGACAAAGACAAUCCUAUGGAAGAAGGGGUUUCUGAAAUAAGAGUUGCAGAGAAAGAAUUAGAACAGCUGAAAACUGAAGAAGAAGAGCUUCAAAGAAAUCUCUUAGAACUGGAGGUACAAAAAGAGCAGACACUUGCUCAAAUAGACUUUCUGCAAAAACAAACAAAGAGGACUGAAGAGCUACUGGAUCAGUUGAGCCUGUCUGAAUGGGAUAUCAUUGAGUGGAGUGACGACCAAGCUGUAUUCACCUUUGUUUAUGACACAGUAGAACUCACCAUCAGCUUUGGAGAAUCAGUAGUUGGUUGCUGUUUCCUGGAGAAGCCUGACAAGAAGAUUGUGGACAUGAAUUUUCAAUCUCUGUUGGAUGAGGAUAAAGCUCCUCCUUCCUCCAUUUUAGUUCAUAAACUUAUUUUCCAGUACAUUAAAGAACAGGAAUCUUGGAAAAAGAAAUGUACAACACAGCAUGAGAUACCCAAGAUGCUUCAAGAACUCUCAAUGGCAGUAAACCAUUGCAGACUCCUUGGAGAGGAGAUUGAGUUUUUAAAGAGAUGGGGACCAAAUUAUAACCUGAUGAACAUAGAUGUAAAUAAUACUGAAUUGAAGCUUUUAUUCUGUAGCUCUGCAGCAUUUGCAAAGUUUGAAAUAACUUUCUCUCUCUCAGCCCAUUAUCCAUCUGUACCAUUGCCUUUCACCAUUCAAAAUCACCUUGGGAACAUUGGCCAAGAUGAAAUUGCUCCCAUUCUAUCUAAAGUGCCACCGGAGGACAACUACCUGAAGAAUGUAGUCAAGCAAAUUUACCAAGAUCUGCUUCACGACUGCCAUUUCUUCCACUAGACCCCUGGACUACAGCUGUGUAACAAUCAACUAGAAUGUACUUAAUGACAUUAUGUCAGGGUCUCCAUUGCUCUGUAACCUUUUUCUUUAGUAUGUAUACACCCUAGUAAAAUUCCUUCUGAUGAUGUGAUAGUUAUAUUGUAUGGUUAGUUUUUAAGUCUUUGCAGUCAGGAAUGAGAAAAGGCUUCAAAUAGCCUGUUAUCAACUUGUGUAUCUUUGUACCAAAGGUUUAGUAGUAGGACACUUGGGGAAAAUUUCCCUAACUAAAAUAGGGCUCUCUGCUUUAGUACAAACCCUAAGGAGUAACUUUUAAGUUUAAGAGGAGUUGUUACCAAUGACAAAAACAUUAGCCAUUUUUCCAUAUAUAGAGCUUUGAUUUUUAGGUGGCCUGGCUGCUUCCCAGCAGAUAUUUCUGGAGUAGAGACAGGAGUGUCUACAAACUAUUCUUCUUCCUUUUUCUCCAUUUCAAAAACGCUGUUAAGAGAAAGCGAUAGUAUUCACCUAUUGGAAUGGUUGCCAUCUUUUUUUGAGGGCCCUGCCUUUUAUUCUAUAGUAUCCAUUAAUGUUUGCUUAAUAAGUAUAAUUUUUGUAGGGAAAGUUAAUUCAUUUGGGUCCAGUAUACAUAUGUAAAUAUAUUAAUGUUUUUGUGUUUGUCAUGUAAUAAGGAGAUGUAUAUAGAAAUUCAUGUAGAGAUACAAUAUAGAGAUAACCUUCAGCCUAGGCAGCUUACAUCUUUCUGAAGGAUACUUUAGGGCAAGAUUCUCAAUCUUUUAUUAAAUAAUGACACUUCAAACAAUAUCGUAUCCAAAACAUUAUCAAUUUAUGGCAGUAAUAAUAAAAUAAUAAACUUGUUAUAAGUAUUGGUUCCUGAAGCCAUACCCUCCUCCUAUACAAAAAUAAUAUCCAUUGAUUAUUAAAUGAGCAAUAUUAUCUAUGAGGCAAACAUGAAAACACUUUUACUCAAACUUUAGUCAAACCAUAAUCAUAAAUUUUGUGUUUUAUAUUUAAUUCUAAACUAAAAUAUAUUUACAUUUUUAAACUAAUUUAUCUUAAAAUUUUGCUUUACACUUUAGGAUUAAAGCCCUAUGGGUACCGGGAAUGUUACCUUCCCUCUUGAUUGGUUUUUACUUCUGAGCUGUACAUCAAAAGAUCACAUGGUCUUUUAACCUUCAAAAGUCAACACAAAACUCAUUUGCUAUAAAAAUCAAGAUGUAGAUGUUCCCUAUUUCCAUAAACUCCUUGGAAAAACUUUAAAGUCAUCAGUAUGGUCUAUUUCUAUGAAGGUUAAAUUAGCUUUCUUAUUAGGACUGUUUUAUUUCUUUUCCAUAAGUGUAAACAGUAGAAGUUUUGUUUUAUGCAUUUUAGUAACCUGGAACAACCAGCUACAAGAAUGAUUUGGCUUGUAAUGAUGGUCUCUGCUUUCUUGGAUUUGUAAUAUUAGUUCAUAAUUGUGAUAUUUACCUAGCUAUUUGUGGGGUUUUUUGUUCACAGUAUUGGUUAUUUUCAUAAAUUUUUUGGAAGGUUUUUCUUCACUAACUGGAAAACAGAUUAUUUUUUGCACUAUUAAAAUAAGCGUAUUACUUGAAAUCUUCUGUAAGUAGUAUUUCUUUAUGAAGAGUAUUUUAGCAUGUAUCCAAUAGACCUUUGAAGAUAUACCAAAGAAACCUCCCUCUAGGUCCACUUACCUAUUUGAAAACUAAGAUAGGAUUAAAAUAUGUCAGGACCUUAAUGUAAGAACCAGGUACAAACCCGAGUUAGCCCUGUGUCUCUGAAUAACAGUAGAAAACUAUUUUGAGGUUCCUCAGGAAGCUAUCAGUUCUCUGAGCUAAUGCAGUGGCUCUCAAAGUAUAGUUCCCAGAUUAGCAGCAUCAGCCUCACCCCAGACCUACUGAAUCUGAAACCCAGGAGUAGGGACCAGCAUUUUGUGGGGUUUUCCCCCACUUUCUUUUUUCCUUUUAUUAGCUUUAUUAAAGCAUGAUUCACUCAUCAUAAAAGUUAUCAAAGUAUAAAAUUGGACGGUUUUUAGUAUAUUCACAGUUAUAUAUAACAAUUAUCACAAUUUUAUAAUACUUUCAUCACCUAGAAAAACAAAGUCUAAAU